AUGCGGAGUCGUAAGCGGGACGUCGGCGAUCACGUGGUAACUGAGGGCGGCCGGGCAAAGGGAACCGGCGACGCAUGCGCAGUGUCUUCUGUGCCGCUGCAGCGCUCCCCGCUCGACUUCGGGACCGGCUCCGGCGGCACGGUGGGAGCUGCGGUCUCCCGUCUCUCCCGGGGUGUGCGCGGGGGGAAUAACGUGAAGAUUUUUGGGGCGAAAGCGCAGAAAUUAGCCAGGGUCGUUCUCCGGGUAAACUGGGGCACCGGAAGUAGAGGGCGACCGGGCUGUUUUCGACGGCGCACCACCCGGACCGGAAGUGCUGCGAAGCAGCCCCCAAAAAAAGAUGGCGGCGCCAGGACCGGAAGUCCUCCAAAGGCCCUACACAAAGAUGGCGGCCCAGCCCGGAAGUUCGCCCCGAGGCCACACUCAAGAUGGCGCCGCCAGGACAGCAACUUAGCCCAGGCCACACUAAAGAUGGCGAAGCGGAGGACACCCCGUCCGCGGCUUUCCCCGCAGCGCCGUCUGCGCCUGCCGGGGCCGCGCCUGCCCCGGGCGCCGCUGGCCGGGGCGGAGGGGCGGGAUGGCGGCGCCGGCCCGCUGGGUGCUGUGCCUGGGCACGGGCGGCUGCCGGCGGCGGACGGGGUGGCGGAGCACAUGCUGCGGCUCUACGAGCAGUCCCUCGGCAGCCGGGACCCGCCGGCCGCGGCAGGGCCGCCGCUCCGCCGGGGCAACACCGUGCGCGCCUUCCGCCCGCUGCCCGCAGGGAGGUUGGAAGGGCAGGAAAUGUACGUUUUUAACUUGACGUCACUCACGGAGUCUGAGAACGUCCUGUCGGCCUCAGUGUAUUAUUAUAUUGGAGAUCUGCUGCGGGUCAAGUGGAACUCCUCCCAGCCCAGCAGCUGCUCUCAUCACAGCCAGAGGAGACCUGACAUUCACAUAUGUCUGUCGGUUUGGACCUUUCCUUCUGUUGGGAACCAGCCUCGGAGCCUGGGACAUUUCCUAAUCAACGUCUCCACUGCUUCCCAGGACGUCCUUUCCUGGCAGUGGGAGGACAUCACUGGACUCCUGCAUGAAGCGAAGCGAAACAACGAACUGCUGAUCGGUGUCAAAAUGACUCUGAGGAGCCACCAGCCCUGGGAGAGGGCACCUCCUUGCUGUGAACCCUACAUCCUGAUCUAUGCCAACGACUCCGCCAUCUCAGAACCAGAGAGCGUCGUCUCCACUCUGCGAGGGCACCGUCACCCUCUGGCAGGAGCCUUUCCCAGGGCAGACGGCCGGGUGAGGAGCAGCCUUGGGAAGCGCCGGAGGACACGCUCUGCAGACACCCUGUUGCCUUUGCAGAACAACGAGCUGCCGGGGGCUGAGUACCACUAUGGCCAGAAGGAGAGAUGGGGAGGCAGGAAACCCUACAAAACCUUCCAGCCACAGUUAGCAGAGAGGGCCAGGAGUAAGAAAAAGCCAAGGAAGCCUCCUGGCCAGCAGAGGCAGACUCUGCAGUUCGAUGAGCAAACGCUGCAGAAGGCGAGGAGGAAGCAGUGGAACGAGCCCAGGUCCUGCGCCCGGCGCUACCUCAGGGUGGACUUUGCAGACAUCGGCUGGAGCGAGUGGAUCAUUUCCCCCAAGUCCUUCGAUGCCUAUUACUGCUCGGGGGAAUGCCAGUUUCCCAUCCCAAAGGCCCUGAAGCCGUCCAACCACGCCACCAUCCAGAGCAUCGUGCGAGCCGUCGGAGUCGUGCCCGGCGUCCCCGAGCCCUGCUGCGUUCCCGACAGAAUGUCCUCUCUCAGCAUCCUGUUCUUGGAUGAGAACAGGAACGUGGUGCUGAAGGUGUACCCCAACAUGACGGUGGAGUCGUGUGCGUGCAGAUAACCCCGGGAGGCCCCUCUGCCACGGCCGUGUUUGAGGCAGGGGCUGGGCAGGGCUCUCCUCACACCCACGCUUGGGUGGCACUGCCCGUGCGUUGCCUCGGGACAGAAAAGAAACUGUGACCCAAUCCAGACCACGAGGAUGGCAAUGGAAUGGAUUCCAAGGGGAGAGAGGACCAACUUCAUUGCUCUGGGAAUGUGACCAACGUGCAAGUCUCGGCGAUGGGACCUGACUGUUCCUGUGGAAAUGGAGAGAUGAAGGAGGAGGGAUUUGUAGGUUUUCCAGACUGCCAGAAGGACACAGUGAUCUAUUUUUAUACGAGAUUUUGGAAGCAGCACGAACUGUUAAUUGUUCUCUCUGUCCUUACAGGGACUGAUGGAUGGGGGGGUUAGAGGUGUAACAUUCUUCAUUGUAAAGCUGAGCUUCUUGCCUUGGGUUCUUGGGUAGUGCAGCGAGGAGGGCAAAUCAAUCUGACACCCUAAAAGGUAAUGCAGCUUAGCCGUGCAUCUCCUGGGUAUGACAUGCCAGCUCACCCUGUCUGUCUGUUCAUUUUCAUUGCCUUAUUCUUUGGAAUUCAGCUUUUUGGAGCUCAGUGCCCUCCCUUGUGAGAACCCAACCCUUGAGUGCUGAGUUCAUAGCUGGGAUUUCUCAAAAGCGCAGAUUUUCUGUCCUGGACAAGUUUUCCUGCUGUGGCAACUCAGCUGGCCAGGGAUAUGAAAGUAUCACACUCGGAGAAGCAUCUGGGCAAUUUGUUCCUAACAAGUGUUCUAGAACACAGUUCAAAUAAUCUUGGAGUUUUCUAACUGAAAGGAGGUUGUUUCCAGGUGGGGAUCAGCCUCUUCUCCCAGGUAACAAGCACCAGGAGAAGUCAUAGCCUCAAGCUGUACCAGAGCAGGUUCAGGCUGUACAGCAGGAAGAAUUUCUCCAUGGAAGGGCUGGUCAGGCACUAGUUUGAUUAGUGCCCUGUUGUUGCUUGUAAAAACAGCAUUUUCAAAUGAUUUCUGAUGAAACAUUUAUCUUUGUUCAGGCUGUCAUUUAAAAAAAAAAUUGAAAAUCAUCCUCCAGCAGAAGUUAUUUUGUAUAUGGAAAGUUUUACAAAUGCUCUUUAUUUAUUUUAUUUGUGUGUCCCUCUUGUCCACUUAAUGUAUCCUUCUUUAUCUCAGCACUCUUUCAACACUGCAGUUUUCUUUGUCAGUGCAAAGAUGAAGUGGCAGGACCAUAGUGGAGUUCCAAGGACAGGUGCACCUGCACUGUCAAGGGUGUGUUUCACUAGUGCUGGAUAAGCUUUGCCUGACCUGUGUUUUUUCCCUUCAGUAAUGGGAAAGUUUCGCUGGGAACUCUGUAGAAAAUAGAAAAUAAAAUUACUUUUUCAAAAGAAAAUUCUCUUUUUUCAGCGUGGCGUUCAGAUCUUUCAGAGCACAUUGUGCCAGCUCUCGUUGUGCAGGGAAUAACUCCUGUCAGCAGCAAGGUCCCGACUGAAGUGGCAGCUGCAGUUGUUCCUGUGGUGUGGGCCAGUGGAAUUGCAGGAGAGUGGAAGAGGGCAGAACCUGUAGGUAUUACCCCUACUGUGGGA